AUGCUCUACCCCGACUGCUGGGACUUGACACCAAGGAUAUUGUGCAGGGUUACCUCAUUGACCAAGCCAUUGAAGAUUAUGAAACGCAAGAAAACGAAAAAGGUGGUACAAGUUGAAUUCAACGACUUGCUUAUCACCAACAAUGAAGAAGGUGGCUCUAUUCCGUGCAAAGGAAUCACCUUCCAACCCUAUGAAGUGUUUGGGGACGAAUCUCUUGUCCACGAAAGGCCCAGCACUGGCGACGCUGAUAUGAAUGCAAGCCAGGAUGCCGAGACAGUGCGUAGGAGAAAGCGCUUGUCCCGAAAAACGCCCGCCACCAGAAAGGUUCGAAAGAUUGAGAAGGACAAGGGACAGCAAGUUUUCAACAAGAGGUCUGUGACAGCCGACUGUUUGUUGAUGAAGGUUGAGUGGCAAUACACCGGUGGAUAUGAUGACACGUGUCAACCAAGAAUCGGCCACCUUAGGCUCACAAAGUUGAUCAACAACACUGUGAUUGAUAUUGUGGGGUGGCACAAAGAAGUUGACACCGAGAAGCGGCCAUUCUUCUCGGUCACUGGUGUUUUCAUGAUCACCAGCUUUCGCAUGUCAGAUGAUAUUCUAAGGCUGCGGGUUUGUGGAUCUCAAACAGCUGAGCAGUUUCGUCGUGCCUUUGACUACUACAGUUUGUGGCCCAUGGACUCGUCUGCAAGUGAUUUUCUUUCAACUGUUCGAGUCGGUUACACAACACAGGAAUGUCAUGACAAUGAUCAGGUUCUCUACGGGCAAGCUCGCUCCUAA